AUGAGCAAUAUGAACGAUCGAGUGGAACUGGAGGAUGUUAGAAUUGAUACUGGUUUUUUGAACGAAGACGGAGCGCCUGCUGGGGAAGUUUUGAGGUUACUGAAAUUCUACCGAGAAGAAGUGCUCCACUUGGUUCCUACGAGCGAUUUAGAGGUCCAGGCGACACUUGAACGUUUUGGUGCGGUGUGUGUAGCGGAGGGUGAGUCUUUGAGAGAUCGUAGGGAGAGAUUGGCGGACCUGGUUUUCCAGAAUCCCACGAUCAGAGCUCAACUAGUGCAAGAUUACAACAAUUUGAAUCCAAAAGGGGAGGGCGGACCAAAUCAGAUGGAAGAAGAUGAUGACGAAGAGUUCUACACGCCAGCAUCUGAAGCCCUGAUACAGGCCCGGCGGUUUUUGGUUCGAGACUCGCUGGACAGGGCUCGCAAAAGAUUGGAAGCGGAAGCUGAAAGAGCCAGCGUGCAAGGCACACAGGACACAAUUUUGAGCAGGCGAGUUUUAAAUUCCCAACUUGCUACGUAUGAGCUCCAGGGGUCCCAAGUCGUCUCCGGACGACCCGUUUCGAAAGUCGCAUACGCGCCUGACCAAAAACUCGCUGCAACUGGAAGCUGGAAAGGUGACAUUCAAAUUUUGAAUCCAGACACUCUACAAGUUGUACGCAGCAUUGAAAAUGCACAUGAAAAUAAAAUAGGCGGUCUGGACUGGGACUCGACUUCGCGAUUUCUCGUCUCAGGCGGAGCAGACAAUCUUGUAAAGCUCUGGGAGCCUCACUCGGACGAACCCAGCCCUCGGGCUGUCUUUAAGGGCCACGAGAAUCGUGUUGCAAAUGUUAAAUUCCAUCCUAGCGAUAGGUACGUUGCAAGUGCCUCCUUCGACAUGACGUGGAGACUUUGGGACGUGGAGACGCAAGCAGAACUGCAAUCACAAGAAGGACACUCCAAAGAGGUUUACAGUCUGGAUUUUCAAGGCGACGGCUCUCUUAUUUGCAGCGCCGGACUAGAUUCCAUAGCACGUAUUUGGGAUAUGCGAUCGGGCAAUUCGAUCAUUGUUCUCGAGGGCCACGCAAAGCCCAUCUACGGAGUAAGCUGGUCACCCAACGGCCACGUCGUAGCUACGGCUAGUGGGGAUGGCACUGUUAAAGUAUGGGAUCUACGAAGCGAAAGUCAACCUUUCUCCAUACUGGCGCACAAUAGCAUCGUGUCGGACGUGCAAUUCGAGAAGAAUCACGGACGAUUCCUUGUCUCGAGCUCCUAUGACAAGACAAUCGGAGUGUUUUCAGCAGAUUCAUGGCUCAAGCUUGCUACACUAGAGGGGCAUGCGGACAAAAUCCUUUCUGUAGACAUAGCCCGGGAGGGAUUACAUUUACUGAGCUGUGGAUGGGACAGAUCGGUAAAAAAGUGGUCAUUAUAUAAUUAA